UCGUAGAGAUAAAUAAACGCACACCGCGCGAGCAGGCUGUGGUGGCAGAGGUUAUUAACACUACGAAAACUUUAACUUCGUAACACUUAAUUUAAAGCUAACUUUAGUCUGUAUGAUGCACCUCUGCGCCUGCAGAGAAUAAAGCAUAUCCGGGUGGACGUCGCUAAAGACCCUUAUUGCCACAAUGGUUUCCUACAAGAAGUUGAAUCCUGAAGAUGUCCAGUUUUCCAGCGCAGUUUUGUCAGAAGAGCCUGUUCAAGACGAAGUUUCAGCGCUGGAGCCAGAGGACGCCUCAUUGCUUCAACGUGGACCUUCAUGCUCCGUCACCACAGGCCUCCUGGUGAUCGGGUGCCUCCUGCUGGUGCUCUGUGGAGCAUGGCUACUGGGUGCUGUGUUCUGGCUGCACAAUCCCAACCAACAGGAGCAUAAACCGCCGCUGCCGGCCCCAGGACAAACACCGGGCCCCAAAGUGCAAACGGCAGCGAAUGAUACUGCGGCCUCUUUCCGCAGUGAGGCAUGCAGUCUGAUACCAGAGGCGUGGAGGUUUGAUUGCUACCCUGAAAGAGGGGUGGUUGUUACCCGAGAGCUGUGCGAGGCAAGGAACUGCUGCUUUAUCCCUGCGUCCACCGCUUCCUCCUCUGCCAGCCGCCCAUCGGGGAAAAACGGAAUCCCUUGGUGUUUCUAUCCUCCAGAGUUCCCUUCAUACUCGGUCGUGUCACUAAAUGACACGCUGCUGGGACAGAAAGCUACGCUCGUGAAGGAGGUGAAGACUUAUUACCCUGGAGACAUCCUCACCGUAGAAGUGGAGAUGCGUUAUGAGACGGACAAGCGACUGCGUGUCAGGAUCACUGACCCUUCAAGCUCACGGUUUGAAGUUCCCAUCUCCGUCCCCACCGUCGCCAACAAGACAGAAAGCCCGGAUUAUAUCAUCGAACUCUCAAAGCAACCAUUUGGUCUUGUGGUGAAGAGGCGCUCGACAGGAGCAGUACUUCUAAACACCACUGUGGCGCCUCUCUUCUAUGCGGAUCAGUUCCUCCAGUUCUCCACUUCCCUACCUACGCAGUUCAUUUAUGGCCUGGGCGAGCAUCGCUCCACCUUCCUGCACGAUGUCCACUGGAACACGCUCACCAUGUGGGCUAGAGAUGUGCCUCCAACGGAACAGACAAACCUGUAUGGGGCUCAUCCAUUUUACCUGGCAAUGGAGGAUGGAGGGAACGCACACGGCUUCUUCCUGCUGAACAGCAAUGCAAUGGACGUGGUCCUCCAGCCUGCCCCGGCCCUUACUUGGCGUACUAUUGGUGGGAUCCUUGACUUUUACAUUUUCCUUGGUCCUGAUCCUGGUUCAGUGGUUCAGCAAUAUGUGGAUGUUGUAGGAUACCCAGCAAUGCCAAUCUACUGGGCCUUGGGAUACCAUCUCUGCCGAUGGGGCUACGACACGAGUAAUUCUACGUGGGAGGUUGUCAAGAGCAUGAGGAAUUAUGGGAUACCUCAGGAUGUCCAGUGGAAUGACAUUGACUACAUGGACAAAUUUAUGGACUUUACGUAUGAAUCAAAAAAGUUUGACACACUACCUGACCUGGUCAGGGACCUACAUGCUCAUAACCAACGCUACGUUAUGAUCCUGGAUCCGGGUAUCAGCAGCACACAACCCGAGGGCUCAUACUGGCCCUUCGAUGAAGGCGUAAAGAGAGGAGUUUUUAUUAAAGAUGCUGAAGGGAAAACACUUAUUGGGAAGGUGUGGCCUGGUCUCACAGCAUAUCCAGAUUUCUCUGAUGAAGUGACACAUGAAUGGUGGUAUGACAACCUACAGAUGUUCCACAAUAAGGUGGCGUUUGAUGGAUUAUGGAUUGACAUGAAUGAGCCAUCAAACUUCCUGGAUGGAUCGACCAGUGGCUGCCCAUCAAACAAUCUUGAAAACCCUCCUUACACUCCAGGUGUACUGGGAGGUUUGCUGAGAGCCAAAACCUUGUGUGCCACCGCGCAGCAGAAGCAGUCCAUACAUUACAACAUGCACAGUCUGUAUGGACUGAUGGAAGCUAAAGCCUCUGCAAGCGCUCUGAAGCGAAUUGUGGCAAAGAGACCUUUCGUGAUCUCCCGCUCCACCUUCCCCAGUCAGGGCAUGUACUCUGGUCACUGGCUUGGAGACAACAGGAGUCAGUGGAAAGACCUUUACACUUCUAUAGCAGGUAUGUUGACCUUUAACCUUUUGGGCAUCCCGCUGGUGGGAGCAGACGUCUGCGGCUUCAGCGAGGAGACGCAGGAGGAAUUGUGCGUCCGCUGGACUCAGCUGGGAGCUUUCUAUCCCUUCACACGAAACCACAACGCCAUCAGCGUGAAGCCUCAAGACCCGACAGCUUUCAGCCCGCUUGCUCGCACAGCCAUGAAGGAGGCUCUGCUACUGCGCUACUCUCUCUUCCCUGUUCUCUACACUCUCUUCCAUCACGCGCAUGUGCACGGACACACUGUGGCUCGACCAAUAAUGUUCGAGUUUCCCAAAGACGUGAAAGCCUACGGCAUCGACAAGCAGUUCAUGUGGGGGAAGAGUUUGUUGGUGACGCCAGUGUUGGAUCCUGGAGUCGACUACGUGGAUGGUUACUUCCCUGAGGGUCUGUGGUACGACUAUUACACGGGCGACUGUGUGACCAGUAAGGGCGAAGAGCUUCGACUCAAUGCGCCUCUAGAUAAGAUCAACCUGCAUUUGCGCGAGGGCUCCAUUGUACCAACGCAGGCACCCAACCUGACCCUGUGGGUAAGCACCGGUCAGCCUCUCCACCUCGUCUCGGCUCUGUCUCAAGACGGUUCAGCCAGUGGAGAUCUGUUCUGGGAUGAUGGAGAGACCAUCGACACCUACGAGACCAACCAGUACGCCUACAUCAUCUUCAGCAUUGCUCAGAACACGAUGACAUCCCAGGUGCUCUCUAACCACGUCGAGGCGUCAUACAUCACUGUGGAGUCAGCCUCCUUCUAUGGUGUGAAGGAGAAGCCGAGCAGAGUGUUGGUGAACUCCCAAGAUGCACCGUUUACCUACAGAACCAACCAGGUGUUAACAGUCGCUGAUCUGGGUCUCAGCCUGAGUCAGAACUUCACCAUCAGCUGGAUGUAAGCAGCCGUGAAGCCACAAGCUUGCACAGCGCGCCAUCUCCGAGAAUAAGAACAGACAUUUCUUUCAAAUUAUUUUGGCUCUUGACUCAAAGACACUCUAUGUGAAAUAGGGAUGUCGGGUAAUUUAUUUUAUUGAUGGUCGUCGCCCUUUAAAGAGGAGCAUUUCACUUAACUCUUCAAACCUUUCCCUGGGAGAUGCCUGUAUAUCUCUACAUCAAGCUUAGAAAUGAAAUCACUGGGUCUCAACAUUUUCACCAUUCAGGUGUCCUUGUCAGUGUUUCCACAUCUGCAUUGGGUUUCGUGCUCGUAGGCUUCAUAAGGGGGGGAUUCGCUUAAAAAAGAUCACAGCUGCUGAUGUCAAUGCAAACGCGCUAGAAUAAAAAGGUUGCGUGAAUGUUAAGAGUUUAUACCCAAUGUCCAAGUGACUUCUUCAGUCUCUGAAGAAGUCACUUGGAUGAGUGACGAAACGUUUCUCCCACAAAACGCUACGUCCAGAUGAACAGAUUCAACUUUUGGAGAUUUACUUUCCUGGAUGAUUGAGAAUGCAUCAAGAUGUUUUAUACCCAAUGAUUAGGAAUAGAGCCAAAGCAAAGUGUCCGUCAGUUAGGAGUGAAAUUAAAGGUACUCAGGAGCGAGGGGGUCAUAACAUAGUGUUAAUAUCAUCCUAAUGCAGGCUUUGCACAAUUAGACAAAAUCGCCUUCCUGUGCUCGGCAUGCUUUGAAAAGCUUGUCAUCACUGACCAAUAGCAGUUUAGACGCAGCUUUAAUGUCUUUGGAAGACCACUCUCUUUGUGUGUAUCUGAUUUAAAUUUAUAGUUUGGUCUGGGUAGUCUAUACUAAGUUAAUGUAAUCAACACUGCAUUUUUAAUUUUAUUUUUGUUCCCUUUUUUAAGUCCUCAUGAGCAGAAAAAUGAUGUGCAAUAAAUGAGUGAGAGUGAAAUUAGCUUCCUUAAAAUGUGACAGCAUAGUUCAUGAUGUAGUUUGUUUCAUGUGCUUGAUAGUUGUUUACAGUCUGUUUUGCACUAAUUAGUACUGCAAUAUAGGAUAGGUGGAUAGGUGGGUGUGCCUUAUGAUUCCUUUUCUUCUUUUUUCUUUGUUUUUAAGCAUCUCUGCUUUAUAACGUCAGCCCCUUUUUCAACACUGAAGACCGUAUUACUGUUAAACACAAGAAGGACUUUACUGAUUACAAGUGUUGUACAAUCAUUUUACUGCGGCUCGUCACUCUGACAGAGCAGAAUACAAAUGAAAGCCAAAACUGGAUCCUUUUCCUUGUUUUGAGAUCAGCACUGUUCAUUUAUGCCUGAAUUUGAAAUUGAUUUAGUACAUUUGUCCUGAUUUAGUAUUUCUCACGGAUUCUUGUGGGCAACACUGGAAAAGAAUAUGCUGACGACGACAUGAAUGCGUGUUCGUAUGAUGUAAUCAUACUUCACCAAGUGUCACCGACAGUUUGUAGUAUUUUAUUUUGAAGGUAUUAUAAAUUUUUUGUGCUUAAAUGGAAUUUCAGUUUGACUUUUUUUGAGUGUAACAUCAGACAAUAAAACAUUUCAAAACAAA